AUGACCAAGAAACACUGUCCAAGAUUGAUCUUUGUACGUCACGGUCAAACCGAAUGGUCUAAAAGUGGUCAACAUACUUCCGUUACCGAACUUGAUUUGACCCCAUUUGGUGUUAGACAAAUGAGAAAUACUGGUAGAGGCUUAAUUGGUCCUGGUGAUUUACAAAUGGUUAAACCAGAACACAUCUCACAUGUUUUUGUCUCCCCAAGAAUAAGAGCCAGACACACCGCUGAAUUGUUAUUUGAAGGUGUCGAUGAAAAAAUAAAGAACAGUAUUCCAUUCACCGUUGAUGAAGAUGUUAGAGAAUGGGAUUACGGUCAAUACGAAGGUUUAAAGACAGCCGAAAUUGUUAAAUUGAGAAAAGAUAAAGGUUUGGACCCAGAUAGUAAAUGGUCUAUUUGGAGAGAUGGUUGUGAAGGUGGUGAACAACACUUCCAAGUUGCUGAAAGAUUAGAUAGAUUUAUUAAAAAGAUCAACAAGAUCCACGAAGAAGCCAUUGAAAAAGGUGAACCUUCAGAUAUCAUUGUUGUUGCACAUGGUCAUAUUUUAAGAUGUCUUGUUGCCAGAUGGGUUCAACGUGAAUUGAACUGUAACCCACAAUUAAUGUUGGAUGCUGGUGGUGUCGGUGUUUUGAGUUACGAACAUCACAAUGUUGCCGAACCAGCUAUUUACUUAGCUGGUGCUUUUACUACUCCAGUUGAAGAAGUUGGUGAUGAUAUUUAG